GUUCGAAUUAUGUUAACAUGUUGUGCUCCAUGUCAAAAAAUUCGCUCCAUAAGUAUGUAUGUUCAAUAAAGGAGGUCACUUCAAAAGAAGUUGUAGCUCCAGAAGUUCACCCAAACACCUUCCAAGAAACAUUAAUGGAUUCACUACUUACUGAGAGCUUCCCUGUACUGGAAGAACAUCAAACUGAAAUUGAUGACAGAAGACGGGUAGAGAGGACUCAAUGGAUUCUAAACUCUCCUGACCCUCCAAAUCUGUUCAAGGAGCUCAUCAGUUCUGUGAAAGAAACCAUUUGUUCAUCUUCUUCUUCAUCCCCAAAGCAACCUCAAUCAAGACGCGCUGUUUGCUUCUUACGGGGUCUAUUUCCAAUCCUCAGCUGGGCUAGAAAUUACAAGGCGUCGAAAUUUAAAGCCGACUUAAUGGCCGGUCUAACACUUGCAAGCCUUAGCAUUCCUCAGAGUAUUGGAUAUGCGAAUUUAGCGAAACUUGAUCCUCAGUAUGGUUUAUACACUAGUGUUGUUCCACCUCUGAUCUAUGCACUAAUGGGGAGUUCAAGAGAAAUAGCUAUUGGACCGGUAGCGGUGGUUUCGUUGCUUCUUUCCUCUAUGAUCCAGAAAAUAGAGGAUCCUAUUGCCAAUCCCAUUGCCUAUAGGAAACUUGUUUUUACCGUCACUUUCUUUGCCGGAGCCUUCCAAGCUGUAUUUGGCUUAUUCAGAUUAGGAUUUCUUGUGGAUUAUCUGUCUCAUGCUGCCAUUGUUGGGUUUAUGGGAGGUGCAGCCAUUGUAAUUGGUCUUCAACAACUGAAGGGCCUUCUUGGUAUCAGCCAUUUCACAGCUAAAACUGAUGUUGUCUCCGUGCUAGGAGCUGUUUUGAGAUCAUUUCACCACCCUUGGUCUCCUUUGAAUGUUGUCCUUGGUUGUUCGUUCUUCAUCUUCAUUUUACUGACCAGAAUUAUUGGCAGAAGGAACAAAAAGUUAUUCUGGGUGCCGGCAAUUGCUCCUCUUAUUUCAGUCAUUCUGUCCACUCUGAUAGUCUACUUAACAAAAGCCGAUAAGCAUGGUGUUAAGAUUGUGAAACACUUCAAAGGAGGGUUGAGUCCAAUUUCGGCUCAUCAGUUACAACUUAGAGGCCCACAUGUUGGACAAGCUGCCAAAACUGGCCUCGUUAUCGCCAUUGUUGCUCUUACAGAAUCUAUUGCUGUUGGUCGAUCCUUUGCUUCCGUUAAAGGAUACCAUCUUGAUGGAAAUAAGGAAAUGGUAGCCAUGGGCUUUAUGAAUAUUGCUGGAUCUUUAACAUCUUGCUAUGUUGCUACUGGUUCUUUUUCAAGAACUGCUGUAAACUUCAGCGCAGGAUGUCAAACAGCGGUAUCAAAUAUAGUCAUGGCCAUCACAGUGCUUGUAUCACUGGAAUUAUUAACUAGGCUCUUGUACUUCACUCCCUUGGCAAUCCUCGCCUCGAUUAUCUUAUCUGCUCUUCCGGGGCUUAUCGAUAUAAAUGAAGCGUACCAUAUCUGGAAGGUCGAUAAACUAGACUUCCUUGCUUGCACUGGAGCCUUUUUUGGUGUCUUGUUUGCAUCUGUUGAGAUCGGUCUUCUUACAGCGGUCACAAUCUCAUUUGCUAAGAUAAUACUACAUUCGAUUAGGCCACAAAUAGAAGUACUGGGAAGAAUUCCAGAAACAGAAAUCUUUUGUGACAUCAAACAAUAUCCUAUGGCAAGCAAAACUCCAGGCAUCGUGAUAAUCCGUGUUAAUUCCGGCUUACUCUGUUUUGCCAAUGCCAAUUUCAUCAGAGAAAGGAUAAUGAGAUGGGUAAUCGAAGAGGAUGGAACAGAAGAAAAUUCCAAUGGAGGGAUCCACGUAGUAGUUCUAGACAUGUCCAAUGUGACGAAUAUUGACACUUCAGGAAUCCUGGCACUAGAAGAAGUGCAUAAGAAAUUGGUCGGACGAGGCAUACAAUUAGCUGUUGGAAAUCCGAGGUGGAAAGUGAUUCACAAGCUAAAAGUAGCUAAAUUUGUGGAUAGAAUUGGAAAAGGGUGGAUUUUUCUGAGUGUUUCUGAUGCAGUUGACGCUUGUUUUGGGUCGAAAAUGGUUGUUGAUCCUUGCACUUCUGUUUGAUGGAUGGCUUUACAGGGUCAUACAACAGUAAGCGGAUUUCUCAGCUGCUAGGUACGUAGAGACUAAUGGUGAAAAGAGUUGCUAUUUUAGAUGUAUGACUCAAGUGGUGGAAGGAUGAUCAUUUUGUGCCAUGUAUUUGGAAUUGGAAGCCGCUUUUUUGUAUCAUUCUUGUGGGUGUGAAUUCUGAAUCGGAAUAUGAAAAGCAGAAGACUUUCGUUA